GUGAAGGUUCUGGCCUGUCGUGUUUCGAUCAGAUUCGAUUCCGAUCCGAAAUUGAUUCUCUGUGAGGAGCAAUCACCUCGCUCUCAAUACCGACAUCAUUUCGAGAUGAGUGGGAACCGUGUUUUCAUCGGGCGCCUUCCUCGUGGGAGUCGCGAACAAGAUAUCGAGAAGUUCUUCAGCCGUUGCGGUCGUAUACGGGGUAUAAUGCUCAAACGAGGAUACGCCUUCGUGGAUUUCCGCACCGACCGGGACGCAUCAGACGCGGUCCACGACAUGAACGGGAGGUCUAUGAGAGGUGAGCGCAUGACUGUGGAAAUCGCUUCCGGUCGCCAACGCAAGGGGAGUCGUGACCAGAAACACAGGAGCUCAAGUGCGAGAAACGAUGCUUCUUCCAACGGAGAGUACCAAAUAGUUGUCGAAAAUCUGAGCUCCCGAAUCAGCUGGAAGGACUUCAAGGAUAUGAUACGCCGUGAAGAUAUCGAAGUCGUUCACGUAGACGCUCACAAACUCCACAAACAUCAGGGGAUCGUCAAGUUCAGAACCCACAGCGAUCUGAAGCGAGCCAUAAAGAAGUUCCAAAACCGAGAGAUUGAGGGUCGUCGACUCGAAAUCACGGAAACGCGUUCAGGCAGUCGCGAGCGAUCCGGAAGUCGCGAUAGUCUUGACCGGAACCCUCCGAGCAAGAAGAGGUAUCGCUCUCGAAGCGCAUCAUCGGUGUCUCUUUCGCCUCGACCGAAAAGAAAAGCCGGAACGCCGACCUCUGAUUCCGGCUCCGCAGAAAAGGAAGCGCUGAAUCCGAAGGACAAUCCCCCCUAUCGCCGUGAGGGCGUUGUCAGUCAAGCAUCGAGAUCCAACAGUCGCAGAAUCUCGACUCCCGAUGGGAAAAGUAGUCCAGGGACGUCCAGUUCCCGCUCGAGCACCCCUGCGCGAUCCAAAAACGCAUCUUCGAGCUCAUCCGGCUCAGAAUCACCGCCAAAAACACCGGACAGCCCUUGA